UAGGCUAUCCGCUUUGGAAGUCAGAGAGGUUUCAUACACGUUUUAGUGUUCAUCAUCUGAAGAGGAAAAAAAUGAUAACCUAAAUUGUAAAUAAAUAAUCGCUUAUUGGAUCGAUGCAAACCUAAUAAAGGUUUCAAAAAUCAUUUUUGGUUUAAAGAAGAAAAGAAGAAGUCCGAAUUCUCGGAACCUCUUUGGCCUUUCCACGGAACACUUUUUGGGAGCCUCUGUAGUCUAGGACUCGCACAAUGCAACUAAGCGCUUCUGAACUUGCCAACAAUAUAUCCUCGUUCUACAUUGCCAUUGCAGUUGUUGUUCUAAGUUUUUUGUAUUAUCGCUACAAAACGAGAGGAAUACCUCCUGGACCAACAGGAGUUCCUUACCUCGGUUUGUGGCCGAUUCUGAGACAUGACAUAUGCCAUCUGCAACUUCAGGAAUAUGGAAAAAAGUAUGGAGAUAUCUUCAGCUUCACCUACACAGGACGCUUGCUCAUUCAUUUAGGAACAACUAAAGCAGUCAAGGAAGCUCACAUAACUAAAUCCGAUUGUUUCUAUGAAAGGCCGGAUACUUUUAACCUUAUUCACUACUUUUUAGAAGGAGGUGUCCCCAGUCUGAACGGAGAAAAAUGGAAGACAGUGAGAAAGUUCUUCAUUCAACAAUUCCGAGAACGUGGAAUGACAACUAUAAAGGAGAGCUUUUCUGGUCCUAUUUAUGACACCGUUCGAGAAACCAUUGAUGAUCUUAGGAAAGCGAAUAGUCAACCAGUUGACAUCGCAGGAAUACUUCUGACGAAAUGCAACAAAAUAAUGCGCCAAACUCUCUUUGGUAAUGACGGCAUGACUGAGCAAGAGCUCACAGAUUUUUGCAACGCAUAUUUUGCAAACUUAAUGAGCCAAACCAGCGUAAACCUUCUUCUUGUUGGAUACUUCGCUAAGUAUUUUCUUUUCCCAUUUCAUAUGAAUGUAAAGGAAGCUAAAAAAGUUCAUAUGACCAUGAUUGACAUGUUAACAACGGUAAUUAACAGGCGCAAAGCAACUUACGAUGAAAAUAAUAUACGUGAUUGCAUUGAUGCUUUCUACUAUGAAAAAAAGCAAAGAGAAUUAAAGAAAGAUCCCACAGCUGAAUAUUUUACAGAUAAGGCUCUGUUGAAAUCUUUGAUUCAAAUUGUGGGUGAUGGAGUGCUGGCUCUGGCGAUAUUUCUUAGCAAUUUUAUUCAAGCUGCUGUUGUAAAUCCGGAAGAGCAAGAAAAAGUCUAUCAGGAGCUCUUAGAAGUGGUGGGUCCAGAUAGAAAUCCCGAACUAGAUGACAAGAGCAAACUAACUUAUACUAAUGCCUACAUCUCAGAGGUCUUCAGAACAUCGGGAGUAUUCACCGUCUUGGCAAGCAUGGAGUGUAGUAAGGAAACAACACUUGGUGGUUACAGAAUUCCAAAAGGAGCCAUUACUGUUUAUAACUUCUGGUCAGCACACAUGAACCCUGAUGAUUAUGAUGAACCUGAGAUAUUCAAACCGUCCAGAUUUAUUGCCAAGGAUGGGCAAAAGAAACCAGAUCUUCUGUCACUAUUUGGAAUAGGCAAGCGAGCUUGCAUGGGAGAAGGUUUUGCUAUGUUACAAGUGUUUCUUUUUAUAACAACUGUGUUGAAGAAUUUCCGUUUGACAAAACCUGAAACAAAAGUGAAAGAACAAUCUGAAUUGUUCUUCCUUUUUGAGAAAAUGGAAGUAUGUGCUCAUCCGAGGAAUUAACUUUUCUAGGGAAAUUUUUAUAAAGGUAGUUUGCAGACUAAUUUUUAUCAAACCAUUACUAACAAUGUAGACAGUGUGAGGUUUAUCAUAGAUGCAUAAAAGUGUUCAAUAAAAUAUCAAUUCAAAUGUA